CCGAAUACACUUUGCCGUUACUUUUCGUGGUGCCACUGCGAAAGAAAUGACCGCGGCAUCACCGCUCACACACCAGCCAGCUGCAGAUGGGCGGAGUCGAGUCCAUUACGGUACCAUUGGCACAUUCCUUGGCCUGCCUACUAUCGUCUCUGUUAUUUGUUUGAGUGAUUGGGAACAAUAGUGACAAAGUCUGCUUAUUGUGGUGUCUGUGUGUGCGUGAGAGAGCGAGAGAGAGAUCCCUGGUUUGUUUGGUACUUCCGAUCUGUACAAUUAUUUAAUUGGAAGAAAAUUCUUUUGGAACCAUGUUGGCGGCCGACAAGUUACAGCUCCAGAGCUCGCUGAAGCAGCAGGCAACAGCACUCAAGGAAAAGGAAUUCACUCUACAUCAUUCCAAUAUGAUGACGGUCGGGACACAAGCAGCCGUGUUGGCAGGCCUGGAUAUGACUAUGUUUGUCGAGUUCAGUCCACCACCAAACUCUGAAUGGAAUCCCGAAAUGAUUGGACGAGUACUCAAGUUUCUCUAUUACAUAACAAUCACCUGUGCCUUUUGUGCCAAUAUGCUCGUGGUGUCGCAGACCACUGUUCUCUCCGUGUUGGGGGCUGGAAUGGCACUGCGAGGGCCCGAUGGAUCCAUGAUGACUGCCACCGACGGAUUGUACGAAGAACGUACCAGUGUCUUUGCCGUCUUUGGAGUUGGCUUGGCGUGUACCCUAGGGAGUGUCAUUGUCAUUGUUUGGAUCAUUCUCCAUUGGGAGGCCGCAUUGGUAUGCAUGAUGAUUACCAUUGUCACAUGCCGACAGGUAUACCUCAAUUAUCAACGAGUCUGCGCACGAUUUGAUUUUGACGAAUCGGAAACCGUCGACUUUAAAGACAUCUUUGAAGGGGCUGCCAAUAUUCAUACCUAUCGACAAGAGUCGUCGACAAAUCACUCUAGUAAUGCACGCCACAGAUAUCAUCCUCAUCAGUCACACAAAAAAAUGACACCCGAUUCACGCAACAACAAACAACAGGCCAAACGAAAACAAAGUCGAAAUCGGUAUCAUCAUCAUGGUCAUCGAAAUCAACAACAUUACGAUGACGACCACUGGGAUUACGACAACUCCAGACCGAGCUCGCCCUCCAGUAAUGAUGAAGUCGAACUCAUGAUUCCCAACGGUAUGAACAGCCGAGGGGUACAGCGGAGAGGGGGAAAGGUUUCCGCCAACAGCAGUACUGGGAGUCAAGAUUCCAGGUCGGAUAUUCUCCCAGAGCAUUACAUACAAACCGUGUAGUGUAGACUACUACUACAUGCAUGGAUUUUUAUUACUAUUUUUGCACAUAGACGUUAUCUAUCUAUCUACGCCGCUGCAAGAGCAUUUGUAAACACGCAUAAGAUGCAUCUAUCAUCCAGAAUCCAUCAAUCAGAUUCAAACCAUUUGCUCGUGAUGAAAUGAAAUUUAGGCGUCUUCAGAGGGCGCAUCAAGGACAUAUUGCUUGGUUCGUGGCAGAGUCUUUCGUUAUACAACUGGCUCCAAAUGGAUCAAAUAAUGAAGCUCUACUGGACCAAUUGCACAAAUAUCGUACUGGUACCUGUAGGUAUCUUGUCUGGUCGUCAGUGAUGUUCUCUUGCAACGAGUCUUGCUGAAGCUGGAGGCAUGAAGCGAGCAAUUCGUGACUUGAAUGUCAUUUUUAUUUGUGUUGCCAUGCACACGAGUUCCGGUAGGGCACCAAAACUAAGGCAGGAGAAAGGCUUCGAUCUGCCCGUGCUCCCACCAAGGACCAUCAUGAGCUCUCUCAACACAAUGAUAGGCAAAGACUUCGUUCUUGCUUGAGUAAACUCCUUUGACACUUGCACUGGGCAACAGUGUUCGGACUAGCAGUGGCUGCUGUGCAGCAACAUAUCGAUUGACUUCGUAAAUCUUUGGUACAUCAGCGACGCUGUCUUUGUCUGGAAUCCAACGGCCCUCCGAAAUCCAAUGGUAGCUUUGACUGGAAUGGAGGCUACCAGCAGAGUAAGAGACUUUCUUGAAGGAUGGUUGGGACAGGGUGCCUAUAGAGUCCAAUACAGCUUUCCCAGUCUCCAAAUCAUAUACGUCAGCCCGGAGGAUCUUCGAAAAGGAUUCACAUUUUUCCAUAGGAAACUGAUCCAUGACGCUUUGGCUGAGCCGGUGAUCGUCUCGAACGUUCCCAGGAGGGCACUGGAGGGACAUCCCAUUUCUCCAGCGGCAUUGGUACUCAAAAAUCAGCAUUCCUUCUUUUACCACAACUUCAACAGGAUAGCGUUUUAGUUGAGGCUGUGCAGGAAUUUUGAUGUGGUGUAAGAAAUCCAGGUUGCUGCCAAUUCGCCAAACACUAACGGAAUACUUGCUAUCGGGAAAGAAUAGCGCCACCAAGUAUUCACCACAAAUCUGUA